AUGGGUUUCUCCAGCACCCCCAACCUGAAGCUGAAGAUGCAAGUGCAGCUGGAGCCUCGCCCUCGCAUCGUAACAUCGCGGAGGCUGGUGCGCCUGCGCUGCGCCCUCAGCUCUGAGCCUGUGCCUCCCAUGACUGUUUCCAUCACUGGAGCCACAGGUUUCAUUGGACGCAGAUUGGUUCACAAGCUUCUAUCGGAUGGUCACAAGGUUUGCGUCUUAACAAGGUCCGCCUUCAACGCUGCAUCAGUUUUUCCUGCUUCCACCUACCCUGGACUCACAAUAGCCGAGCAACGGGAUUGGGAGGCAUGCGUCAGAGGCUCAUCUGCUGUUGUCAACCUGGCAGGCAUGCCCAUAAGCACAAGAUGGUCACCCGAGAUUAAGCAGGAAAUUAAACAGAGCCGGGUCAAUGUUACAUCAAAGGUGGUGAAGUACAUCAACCAUGCUGGAAACGCUGAUACUCGACCCUCUGUGUUUGUGAGUGCGACAGCCAUUGGCUAUUAUGGUACCAGCGAAAUCCAUAGCUUUGAUGAAUCUAGUCCCUCGGGCAAUGACUACCUAGGAGAGGUGUGCAGAGAAUGGGAGGCCACGGCAUGCCAAGUAAACCAGGAGGAUGUUAGGCUUGUGCUUCUCCGGAUUGGGGUUGUUCUUGGCAAGGACGGCGGUGCUCUAGCAAAGAUGAUCCCCCUUUUUAUGAUGUUUGCCGGUGGUCCUCUGGGGACGGGACGCCAAUGGUUUUCUUGGAUUCAUCUGGAUGACCUGGUCAACCUCAUCUACGAAUCUCUAAUGAACCCUACAUACAAAGGUGUAAUAAAUGGAACUGCACCCAAUCCUGUGCGUUUGUCGGAGCUAUGCGAACGGCUGGGGCGAAUCGUCGGGCGGCCAUCCUGGUUGCCUGUGCCGGAAUUCGCGCUUAAAGCGGUGCUUGGAGAAGGCGCUUCUGUGGUGUUGGAAGGACAAAAGGUUCUUCCGGCGAAGGCAAAGGAUCUGGGCUUCUCCUACCGAUACCCCUAUGUUGAAGACGCUCUCAAGGCCAUUGCUCGAGAGCUGUAG